CGGCCGGGGAGGUGUUCCCUCCGCUCGUUGGCGCCACUUUCCACAUCCUCUUGCCGCUACCCAUCUGCAUCUGAGAAUCUGAUUUCCUCUCCGGGACCGCAGCUCCUCAGUCUACUUCUCCUAGGACUCCAGUACCCAGGGACCGAGAGCCAGGAGCCCUAACCCUGGGAUCCCGGAUCCCGGGCUCCCGGAGCCAGGAGGCAUCCCGGAUCUGCGCCACCUGGAUUGAGCUUUCUUGAAGACCUCGGCCGCUUGGACGACUUCAAGCCUUCCCGGAGUCAAAGAUCCCCACGUCCGACCCAGGCGCUCUCAGUUACCAGUUUUCGGGGAUCCGAUACCACCAGUAACGGGGUCUCGGCGCACAGCCCAGGGAGCUUAGGACGCUCCAGCCCUCGAGCGCCGGGGGACACACAACUUCAAGGACCCCGCCUCGUCUCAAGAACAUUGCACCCAGUCUCCAGGCGCUCAGGGAACCCCCGAUUGCGGCUCAGCAUGGUAGUGGACCCCCCUAAGGCCGACCCCAAAGGGGUGACGGCGGUGGAUCCCGCCGCCAACGGUGACCUGGCGCUGGGCUCCGGAGAGGACCAAGGCGCGAAAGGAGGCUGUUGCUGCGGUUCCUGGGACCAAGUGCGCCGCUGCCUUCGCGCCAACCUGCUGGUGCUGCUCACGGUGGCGGGGGUGGUGGCCGGCGUGGUGAUAGGGCUGGGGGUCUCGGCAGCGGGCGGUGCUGAGGCGCUGGGCCCCGCGCGCCUGACCGCCUUCGCCUUCCCGGGAGAGCUGCUGCUGCGUAUGCUGAAGAUGAUCAUCCUGCCGCUCGUGGUGUGCAGCUUGAUCGGAGGUGCGGCCAGCCUGGACCCCAGCGCCCUGGGCCGCGUGGGCGCCUGGGCGAUGCUCUUUUUCCUGGUUACCACACUGCUCGCGUCUGCGCUCGGCGUGGGUCUGGCUUUGGCGCUGAAGCCCGGCGCCGCCUUUAUCGCUGUCAAUGGAUCGGUCGGAGACACCAGCGACCACACUGCACCCGCCAAGGAGGUACUGGAUUCCUUCCUGGAUAUCGCGAGGAAUAUUUUCCCCUCCAACCUGGUGUCUGCUGCCUUCCGCUCUUAUGCCACCUCGUAUGUUCCCAAACAAAGCAUCACGUGUGAUCAGCAGCCGCCUCCCCCCUGUAUACAGAGAGAGAUCAACGGCACCAUGGUCAAGCUGGGCUGUGAGGUGGAGGGCAUGAACAUCCUGGGCCUGGUGGUGUUCGCUAUCGUCUUCGGUGUGGCCCUGAGGAAGCUGGGGCCUGAGGGCGAACUGCUCAUUCGUUUCUUCAACUCCUUCAAUGACGCCACCAUGGUCCUGGUUUCCUGGAUUAUGUGGUACGCCCCUGUCGGCAUCUUGUUCCUGGUGGCCGACAAGAUUGUAGAGAUGAAAGAUGUCCGCCAACUCUUCAUCAGCCUAGGCAAAUACAUCAUGUGCUGCCUCCUGGGCCAUGCCAUCCACGGGCUUGUGGUUCUGCCCCUCAUCUACUUCCUCUUCACCCGAAAAAACCCCUAUCGAUUCCUGUGGGGUAUCAUGACGCCGCUGGCCACAGCGUUUGGGACCUCUUCUAGCUCUGCCACGUUGCCCCAGAUGAUGAAGUUUGUGGAGGAGAAGAAUGGCGUGGCCAAACACAUCAGCCGCUUCAUCCUGCCCAUCGGCGCCACCGUCAACAUGGACGGGGCGGCGCUGUUCCAGUGUGUGGCAGCGGUGUUCAUUGCUCAGCUCAAUGGGGUGUCCCUGGACUUCGUGAAGAUCAUUACCAUCCUGAUCACAGCUACUGCAUCCAGUGUGGGGGCUGCGGGCAUCCCUGCAGGGGGCGUCCUCACGCUUGCCAUCAUCCUUGAAGCCAUCAGCCUCCCGGUCAAGGACAUCUCCUGGAUCCUGGCCGUGGACUGGCUCGUGGACAGGUCCUGUACCAUCCUCAAUGUGGAAAGUGAUGCAUUUGGGGCAGGACUGCUUCAAAGUUAUGUGGAUCGCACCAAGACGCCAAGCUCAGAGCCUGAAUUGAUCCAGGUGAAGAAUGAUGUGCCUCUGAAUCCACUGCCCCUCGCCCCAGAGGAGGAGAACCCUCUUCUCAAACAGUACCGGGGACCCGCCGGGGACGCUGCCACCUGUGAAAAGGAAUCUGUCAUGUGAAUGUCAGCAGGGACUCUACGCUCAGUCCCUGGUGGUAUCGCUUUGGAAGUGGGUGUCAUGCGGGCUGGAGAAAUGGACUGCUGUGGAUUCUGGGGGUGGGGUCUACAGGGUCGGGAAACUAAGGGUCCCUGACUCCUUCCUGGAACGGAUAUCGGGAGCCUCAUUACUGGGGUACAUAUGCUUAUGUGCGAAUGUGUCCACAAAUCUUCCCCCAUCCUGGCUCCCGUUCACGGAGACGGCAUUCUCUGUCACCCAGAGCCAGCCAUCCAGCCUACCUGUCUACCCAGGAGAGUUCUCUGUCGUCUAAAGGCAAAGUAUUGCAAUGUGCUGCUAUCUAAUGGCCAUAGCUGGAGGGAGGGAGAGAGAGAGAGAGAGCUUCUCAGGAGUCCCUCCAUGACAGCAAACUCUCUCCCACAAGUCCCAGGGGAACGCCAAGGAUAAAUAUUGUCACUCCAGAGCACAUUUUUUUUAAAAGCAAUAAAAUGGUGUCAAAUGAGGAGUUCUAAGAAUCUAA